AGUGCCACCGUUGUAUCUUUCCUUUGCAAAGCUACGCUUCAUGACCCGGCUUUAGACAAUAGAAGACCAACAUGCUCGUGCUACCAUUCCUGGCCUUGGUCGCGAGCGCGGCCGCCCAAAACCAGGACAACAUCUUCCUCAAUCCGCCUACCAACGGCAUCAACAAUGACUUUACACAAAAUCCCACGUAUGUCCAAGGUUCCACGGUCACGCUGCAGUGGGAGACGACGUACCCAGCGACGGACCUGGUAAUCUGGCAGAACGGGAACCCAGAUAGCCAACUCUUGGAAGGGGGCAUCACGACGACGAGUCUGAGCUGGACCGUCGGGACUGGCGAAAGCCCGCCCUUCGACCUGAGCAAAGGCAAUGUGUUUUUCUUCCAAAUGUACAAUUCGUCGACGGCCACGUUCUUCAGCAGCCAUUAUUUCAACGUCAGCGACCCGUCCCUGGCGUCGACCACAUCGACGACAGCUGCCUCGAGCACUACAACACCGCCUGCAUCGACCUCGACACAUGCGCCCACUUCUUCGUCGGAGAACAGUUCAUCCAAAACUUCCGCGACGGUCGUCACAUCAGCCGCGACGACCACGCCGACAUUAUCUGCAGAUUCCUCCUCUGACCAUGGCAGCAGCAAGCUUGGAGAAGGCCUGGGGAUCGGUAUUGGAGUGUGCGUGUUUCUGAUCGUGGUGGCCGGGCUUGUUUGGUUCUUCUUCUUCAGGCGACGCGCCAGAUCGCAACAGCCACUGAAAACAAUCGAGCUGCCGCAACCCGAGACCGUGUCAGUCUAUCCCGGCGACAUGGGCUAUGGUCCUCCGCCCUCAGAGUAUAGGAGGUACGAGCUCGGCUCGGCAGCGCCUUCGACACAGGCAGAACUGGACGGCGGCGGCAUGAAGGUCGUAUAA